AUGGGGGUCAGUAGCGACCACGAGACGCCUGAUACUUCGUCGUCGUCGUCUUACCUCGUCCCGCCCGCUCGAAACGGAUUCCUGGCAUCCAACGCUUCGUUCGUCGCUGUGGCUGGCUGCACUGCUACACCCGCUGACAAGCUAUCGAAUCCUGUCAUCCAUUCGACAGCUUGGCGACGUCUAAUCUUCGAAGACGCGCCACCCAAUAUCUUGGAGGGCGUGGCGGCAAUCCCGUACGCUAUCGGCUCGGAUAAACCUCUCUGGGAUUACGACAAAACUGGAAGGCUCAAGGAAAAGUGCAAGUUUGUCGACGCAGUUGGGCAAGGAGUCGCCAUGACGGAGGAUAACUUCGAGAUGCUGUGUCAUGCACGCAGAGUGCGUCGAAUUGUGAGAGAUACGAGGAAACAAGUGUCUGAAUAUCUCCAGACCCAUCAAGUUAUGCGAAGUGAGCGAUACCGGCGCCUCCAGUGGUCGGAGAUCGCGAGUAAUCGUGGCUAG